UGGGGGCUCCCUGUUCUCUGUGUGUGUGUGUGUGUCCCCCCUCCCAGCAGAUGCCGAGAGCAUCUCCUGCAUCGUGCGGAUCGGGGGUGCCCUGCUCCGGGGGUUUGUCCUCUGCCUGCUGGAGCGGGAGGAGAGGGUGCCCCGGCCGGUGGCCCCCGAGGAACUGGGGGGCGAGGUGGGGGAAGAGACUGCCGUGGCUUCGCUGCGUGCGACCACCCUCCGUGUCUGGGACCGCUUGAGCCAGGACCGCGAGAUGGACAGCCUGGUGGGGGCCCUGGCUGGCCGCCCCACCCUGCUCGCCCUGGCUGAAAUCUCCGAGCAGCUCUUCCAGGACAGCAUCAACUGGGGACGGAUCAUUGUCUUCUUCUACUUCACCUACCGGGUGGUCUGGCAGGCGCUGUGGGGUGACCACCCCCUCCGGACCAUCCUUGAUUGGGCCAUAUCCUUCCUGCAGCAGCGCCUCUCCGCCUGGAUCCGGGACCAAGGGGGCUGGGCUUCCAUCUUCAGCUACAGCCCCCCCUAGCCAAGCCUGGACCCCUGUGCUGUGGGGAGCCCUGAGAAGUAAAGGCUGAAGGGAGGAGCUGGUCCCUCUGGGGUGGGGGCUACUGCCACCCCCCCCCCCCAAGCCCUCCAGACCUCCCCCCAUUUCUGGAGCAGCGGAAACCCCGAGUCAGCACCUCUGUGGGGACGAGUUCCUUAUUUACGGCCCCUGGAGCUGAAUCAGCUCUUUUGCCCCCUCACCCCCCCCCACCUCAUAACCGCCGUUCAUUAAACUCUAAUUCAUGAACAA